UCGUUUCACGAUAUCCAGUUUUCAGUUUGAGUUUGUCUUUCGUGCCGUCAACAGCUCUUGUUCGGAGCUCCCGGAUCGUAAAGUUGUUACUGUUGAGUGUGGAGAGUUGAGAGAAGCAGUAGUAGUAGCAGCAGUUGUAUUCCUUUGUCGGUUUUGUGGAGAGCAACAACAAUAUCACACUGCAUGAGGAGAGUUCGCUGGUGAAUAGAUGCAGUUUGUCAGCUGAGGAUUACAGUGGGAGAAAACAUUGCUGGUGUGUGGGAGAGUGUUUGUGGUUUGCAAUUGAAGGAUAAUAAAAUAAUCGUGGAUAACGAGUGCAGUGAUAGAAACACAAACCGAAACGGUUCGGAAGUGGAUUUAACUAAAGCUGGAUUACGUUGCCAAAUGGUGAUACUGGAAGGAGCAGCAAUGUUACAAGUAGGAAACAACCAGUACCUUCAGCCGGACUAUCUGUCGCCGCUGCCAACAACGUUGGAUGCCAAAAAGAGCCCACUGGCACUUUUGGCACAAACGUGCAGCCAAAUCGGAGCAGAUUCCGGAAACAUUACGGUCAAAUCGUUGGUGUCACCGUCGGAGAAGAACAAGAAAUCUUCAACCUCGUCGGCUUCCUCGUCUGUAUCGAUGGAUAACGGAAUAAAUCAGCCGAAUUCGCGGUCGCCGUCGGUGAAGACAGAAAAAUCGGAUGCAUCGCCGGAAAUCAAGCUGGCGUUCAAGCCUUACGAAAUGAAUGUGCUUACCACAAAGGUGAAGAAUGAAGAGCGCCCGUCGUCUAAGAUGAGCUGUGGAAGUGAUGUUAUGAACAACAAUAGUGUGAAUCAUGUCAAUAAUAACGAAGUUAAGAAAGAAGCCCGUACGCUGUCGCGUGGAAGUGCUGAGUCCCCGAACCGUGCCGGAAGUGUUCACAUGAAGAGUGGGGAAGCAAGUGAGAACGGAAAAUCUACUCCGGAUGGAAGCAGCAGAAGAACCAGCUCACCGAACGAUCGUGACAAAACUUCGGCGAGUCCGGUUGUGCGCUCUGGCAUAGACAUGAUGCAGGGUGGAAAGGAUUUAUCCGGAUACAAACCGGGUGCUUACGGGAUUAAUCCAUUGACUGGACUGCCAUCGCCGUCCGGAAUCGACCACACAAAUCCGGCCUUCCGACCUCCCUUUGCCGGGGCCUUCAGUCAUCAUCAUGCUGCUAUGCUUGCUGCGGCGUACCCGGGAGCGGCGGCAGCCGCGGCAGUCGGUGCUAAUCCUUACCUCAGUUACACUCGAGUAAAGACACCUUCCGGAGGAGAAACGCUGGUGCCCAUUUGCAAGGAUCCGUACUGCACGGGAUGCCAGUUUUCCGCUCACAACCACCAGAUGAUGAUGGGGGGCCAGUGCCCAGCGGGAUGUACUCAGUGUGAUCAUCAAAAGUACAGCCUGGCGAUGGCCAUGGGCUCGAUGCCCCCUGGUUAUCCGUAUCCUCCAGCAGCGACUCAGCCGGGUCGUCCGUACAUGUGCAACUGGGUCAUCGGUGACUCCUACUGCGGUAAACGUUUCAACACCACCGACGAGCUGCUGUCCCAUCUUCGUACCCACACCGCCAACCUGUCCGACCCGGCGGCACUGGCCCUGCAGCAGCAGCUGAUGCCAUUGAGUGGCAUUUUUCCACCAUCUUCACUUCACCGAGGCUAUCCGAACCCUCCACUGAGCCCUCUAUCCGCUGCCAGAUACCAUCCGUACGCGAAACCGGGUGCGAUGCCGGGAGCCAUGCCCGGAUCACCGUACGGAGCUGCCUUCAAUCCGGCCGCCUUCGGACAGUACUACUCACCGUAUGCCGCUGCCCUGUACAGCCAACGAAUGGGAGCAGCCGUUCAUCAGUAAAUUGGACUCACUCCAGUCAAGGUGUUUUGCAUUUGGCCCGGUGUUAUUUUCUAUAAAUCUGUGAUAUUACAUUUAUUCUUACUGCAGAAGAAGAAUAAUCGACGAAAAAGAGUGUCGCUAGACGAAGUUAUCAAAACAGCGUGUAUACCAAUCCUUGCCUUCAAAACUGGUUCCAAGAAUUGAUUGCCCCCCUUCAACAAGAUACUCAUAAAUCAAUAGACAGAGAAGUUGUACCAAAUAAAAAUGGCGACGGGGAGCGUAAAGCUUUGAACCAGUUUAAGGCACAGAUUUCUAAGCAACAUUUGUAACAUAUAGCAGAGAUGUUGAACCUAAGGCGAAGUGUAGUUCGCCGAGGCCCGGUAGCCGUCGGCAUUUUGUGCUGCUUCUUAGACUUGUGUUUUUGCUACGAAAUAGUUAGUUUUUGAUAUGAGUUUCUGGUGAAUUAAAUGACUAUUUAUUGGUUAGACAAAGCGUCAUGGUAUCUAUUUUAAAAUUAAUUAUAUUUUUUGUUUAUGCUUGUUAAAAAUUACAAAUUAUUCUCAACAGAAAAGAUGUGAAGGUUCAAAAGAUAGGAAAUUUCAAAUAUUCAAACUACAGAAAAAAAUCUGUACCAUGCAGUUUAAAUUCUAGAAGCAAAAUGGGAAUAUAAAUUAACGUAGCAAGCCGCAGAAGGAAACUAUUAAUUAUCAUUAAGUGUACGAAAUGAAGAAAGCAGAAAUAAAUGAUUUUAUAACAAAGAUGAAGAAAAA